AUGGGAGUCUUGAAUGUAGCUGUUGUGGGUGACCAGCCAUUAAUGAAAGAACUUCUUACAUCUCUUGAGAAAGAGACGAGUCAAAAAAGUGAGGCAUUAGGUGAUGAAAGUAUCUUGUCGGGGCAAAUCGAGUUAGAAGGAGAGACACUCAAAUUACGAUAUAUAUCAAAUGCAAGCGAUUUGAGUGUUGAAGAAUGCAACUUAGCGUUGGUGUGUGUCUCAGACGACAAACUUAAAGAAGCCGAAGCAGUUGUUGAGCGAGUAACACUUAAUAUCACUGGACCGAUCUUCUCAUAUUGUAAAACAAAAAUGUUUGAUGCGCUCAAAAACACGAAGUUGAUACCCCCACAAACAAGUGUGUUGUCGAUCUUGUUUUACGUUCAAAAGCAAAUCCAAAAUAGAUUACCAAUUGGUGAUAUAGUCAAGUUGAUUGACUUCGAAGAAGACGCGCGGAAGACUUUUGAGAAUAAAGUCCAGCAGCAAAAGGACGAGUUGGCGCGUUUUGCACAGAAAAUCGAGCACGACCAAAAAGACCUUCAAGAGAAGAUAACGGAGCAAAGUCUUCUGACGGGCUUAGACUCUUCAGAAGACAUCGAAGAAGUCCAUUACGAAGAAGAUGAAAAUGAGACGCACACUACAAAGUCUCAAAUCCAAAAAAAAGGGCAAAUGGUUUUUGGACCAGACGGGAAAAUGACGUUCAAACAACAACAGAAAAAAGCAGCAAAAAAAGUUGCAAAGAAAAAGAAGUAA